UUAAUCUAUAUUUUUAUGAGGUGGUUUUGCAAAAAGAAGGUAAAUAAAUAUGCUUUAUAUAGUUAUUACUAUAUGUCUUUAAUAUGAUUGGGUUCUAUUUUGUAGCAGAAGUUGAUGAGUGUUGAAUGCUUAAUAAUCUAAGUGAAGGAAAAUCUAAUCAAAUGAUUUCAUAUUAACAACAUUUCAAUAUGAAAACUAAAAUUGGGAAAAAAAGGUGAUCAGAAGACAAAUAUUUUAAUAUCCAUCUUAUAACCUUAGAUAAUAAAACAGUAUGAAUUUACAAAGGGCAUUUAAAAUAAAUCAUUGAUUAUAUUGAUUUUUGAGGCUAUUUGACAAGGCAAUGAUAAAUCAAACGUCCUCUAUAUAGUUAUAGCUAUGGCAGAAUGUUAUUUUUAUUAUAAUUAUGCUACAUUUCUUAGUAUAAGUUGAUAAGGUAUCUUUGCAUAUUUCUUUGAGACUUCCAAGUUUCCAGAGCUUACGUUCCAGGAACUAACAGAACAGCGACCUCACAAAGUCAGCUUCAAGCUGAAGAAGGCAGAGGCUCCUCGGGUUGUGGAGACACUGUUGAAGAGAUUGAAUGAUUGGAUGGUAAAAUCAUAUACAGUGGAGGACAGGAAAGGGAGGUUCUCCCUUGAGCAGCUUUCGAGAUCUUUGGCAGAGGCGCUGAUCUUUCGUGCCACUGAAAGAUGGGCUUCAGGAAUCUUACAAGCUAUCCGAGAGUUCAAGUUUGAUCCUUGUGUUUCGCACAGGGAUGCCGACUUACUGGAGCCAGCUCACUGCUGGAUGGUUGAUCUGACGUGAAGUGGUGCUACUGUGUGAGAUGGUUAUGAGGCGAGGUUGAAAGCUCCCAUGAGGUGUUUGAACACUUGAAAAGGCCAAUGGCCCCUGACUCAACGCUGGUCACUCCGUGCGGACUAGAAGACGUAGGAGCGUUGAGAUUCUACGUCCCCUCCACGGUAUUCACAGGGGAAAGAACUUCUGUAUGUAGGUUGAUCGAAUUCGUGCGACGAAGGUUGGGGACGUUACUUGGGUUGUCAAGUUUGAUAAGUGCUAGCGAACUGACGAAGAGCUGAAUUAUCGCUUGACAACUGCCGUGUUUCAAUAUAAGGAUGACAUGCCUUAUGCGAGUGUAUUACGAAACGUGGCUUGAUGGUUAUGCGGGAAGACCUUUGGUCCUAAUGUAGGAGGCACAGCCAACGAUAGGCGAAAAAUAAGCACGAGUCAUCGGCCAGUGGCAUACAAAUAUAUUCCAGGUUUACUGAGAUUGAUAUAUGGUGAAGAAAAACGAGACAGAUGCCCACUCAGGCCAGUGUGGAGCCCCUACUGCGACGAUCGAUGGUCGAGGUCGACUUACAACGCAUUGAAAAGGAGCCAGUUCUACACUUAAUGGAAUGGAAUGUGGAUCCAAACGCACACGCGUGUACAUUCCAUCUAUGAUCGACAAGUCUUUAAUAAUCCACUCCAAACGGUAGUGUCACUUGCGACAAGACGAGGGGUGACAUCAGGAUCAAAAGCGAGAAUCAGGCACACUCAGGUCGGAACGACAGGGAUCAAACUCAUCAGUAGCAACGGAGAGCAAAUGGAAGGAGAAAAAACCCGGCGGGUUGGGGUCCACGUCGUCAACAAAACGAUGCGGAUCAAUGUUAAAAACACACAGGCUGAAUCUGGCAAGGAAAAGGAAAAGUAUAAUCGGGCCACUAACAAGGUGGAGCAUUGCGAAUGGAAGAUAAGCUAAAAUGCAUUUAUUUUCGUUCUCUUUCUUUCUCCGUGGUAUGGGGGACUUCUCUCAGCAUAUCCCGAGCUGCAUAUCCAGUGAUUCAAAGCAAAGUUCUCACCCUUAUACCCCCUUUGAUGAUAGUCGGGCAAUUAUCACACCACUAUUCUUCCAUGUCUUGAGUGUCUCUAGUCGGCCAACCAGAGUAUAAAAUGCGACCACCACCUUCAUUGCAAACUCCCCCCGCUCCCUCUUCCUCUCGCAAAGGAGAGAAGGCUCCGAGUUUUUGAGUGAGCAAAGGGCUCUCACCUCGAGAACUCGACAAACUCUCUCGAAUCCAAGCUUGGCUCCUUUGGUUAUUCUUCUCUUCGUCCCCUUUCAAGAUUUGGUUGCGCCACUCCGACGAAACAAAAACGUUCCAUAAGCGUGAUUUCCAGAAAGAAGCACAGGCGCCAGAAAAGUUUGAAGAGGCAUUCUGAACUUGACACCAUUUCCUCCAGGUAAUCCAAGCUUUCAGGCAUGGUGAAGUUCCAGAAGCAGCUGGAGAGCCAGCUCGUCCCAGAGUGGCGGGUGAAGUACUGCGACUACAAGCAGCUCAAGAAAGUUGUCAAGAGAAUCAAAAACCAGAUCCUACAUACCAAGAACCAGCAGCACAAGGUGUUCGAUCCAAAUGUCUUCUCGGUUGACAAGAGCAAGCUUCAAAACUUGCUGCAAAAUCCCAGCGCCAUUCUGAGCAGCUGCUGCGAACAAUCCAUAUCCUCGGAAACGUCCAUGGUUGUGCACAAGACGAGAACUGGAGAUGGCGAGGAUUUUUACGAGACGGAGCUGUUCGGAACUCGAUCGGAUCACGAAAAGAGCUUCUUUUUCGGCCUUGACGAUCAACUCAACAAAGUGGACAAGUUUUUUAGAUGCAAGGAAGACGAGUACGAUGCUCAAGCACAGCAACUUCACAUCCAAAUGGAAGAGCUCAUUGCUAUGCAAGAUGACGAAUCUCAGAGCUUGAAGGGGAGCCCCGGUAACAAAGGAAAGGUUCAGCGAGCAGCCAAGAUGCUCCAGACGGCCUUUGUCGAAUUUUAUCGUGGGCUUCGACUCCUAAGAAACUUCAGCUCCUUGAACAUGAUGGCAUUCGUCAAGAUCCUCAAGAAAUUUGACAAGGUGACUGGACAGAAUGCGUCUGGCAGUUAUCUGAAGAUGGUCGAAAACUCUCAUUUUGCAACGUCGGACAAGGUAGUAAAGUUUAUGGACCGUGUAGAGAGAGUGUUCACUCUGCACUUUACGAAAGGCAACCGAAAGCAAGCCAUGGCAUAUCUCAGGCCCAUACACUCUGCGAGCAAUCAUGGAAAUAUAAACUUUAUCCUGGGCCUCUUCAGUGGUUGCUCCUGGAGUCUCCUAGCAGCGUUUGUGUUAAUCCUUGUGCUUGGAAACAAGGACGGGAUCACAACGAAGUACAUACAAGCAGUCUUCCCCGUGUUCAGCACACUUUUCUUGUUCGUGCUACACUUGUACAUGUAUGGAUGGAACAUUUACGUCUGGAAGCAGGUUCGCAUCAACUACACCUUCAUUUUCGAGUUUUCACCCAAGCAGGAGCUCAGACACCAAGACGUGCUUCUCCUCAGCACGGGCUUGACAACUCUUAUCAUAAUCGGAAUGAUCUUUCAUCUCGCAACUUACACAGUUACUCACGUUGAUAGCGAAAUCAUCGCGCUCGUUGUCUUCCUGCUCCUCAUCCUUCUCUUAAUUUGCCCCUUGGAUAUUUGCUACAAAUCGUCACGAGCAGCGUUCCUCAGGUGUACUUGGCGAAUUAUCUCUUCUCCCUUGUUUAAGGUCGUCUUUGCGGACUUUUUCCUUGCUGAUCAACUCACUAGCCAGGUGCCUGCUUUGCGAAACCUUGGGUAUAUCUCCUGCUACUACGGAGGUGGCUUUUUUAGAACAAGAAACACCGGAGCUUGUACAAAGAGCACAUUGUUUAAGUCCUUCCAGUACCUUAUCUCGGUGCUUCCAUACUGGUGGCGACUAAUGCAGUGCUGGAGGAGAUGGAUGGACGAGCACGACACUGCACACAUUGCAAAUGGUGGAAAGUAUCUCUCGGCGCUAAUUGCUGUUGUGGUCCGGCUCACGUACUCUCGAAUCAAGUCGGAGUUCUGGCUGGGCAUCUUCGUGAUUUCAUCCAUCUUUGCGACAGUGUACCAGUUAUACUGGGAUAUUGUGGUGGAUUGGGGGCUUCUCCAGCCAAAGUCUUUCAAUCCAUGGCUGAGAGACCAACUGAUUCUCAAGCGCAAGAUCACGUACUUCCUUUCCAUGGCUUUGAACGUGAUACUGAGGCUGGCAUGGAUUUACUCCGUGACUCAUCCUCCUGGGACAGAGAUUGAGCUCAUGAUAAUAGACUUGUUUUUUGCAGCGCUUGAGGUGAUCCGACGAGGGCAUUGGAAUUUCUACAGAUUGGAGAACGAACACCUCAACAAUGUUGGCAGAUACAGGGCAGUGAGAGCGGUGCCAUUGCCCUUCAAACAAAUGGAUGACACUUUAGCUUAAAACAUGCUAACACAAUUUUAGUUAGUCAACACCUUGUUGAAAACCAAAAAAUAAUAAACUCCUUUCUUUUAAAAACAUUA